AUGGUCAGAUCACAUAAUGUAUUCUACGUAAAGGAGACGGGGCUACAGAAUUUGGUUUAUUCAGGGAUUAUAAGUCUUGAGAUUAAUGCUCAUGACUACUUGUUCAAACUGCUUUUAAUUGGAGACUCUGGAGUUGGCAAGUCAUGUCUUCUUUUGAGAUUUGCUAACUGUGGUAUUAAACCUCUUGAGAACAGAGUUGAUAAGCUUUUCUCUUCCACGCAGGAUGACUCGUACCUUGACAGUUACAUCAGCACAAUUGGUGUAGACUUUAAAAUUCGAACCGUGGAGCAAGACGGAAAGACUAUCAAACUUCAGAUUUGGGAUACUGCUGGACAAGAACGAUUCAGAACUAUAACUAGUAGCUACUACCGUGGAGCUCAUGGUAUUAUAAUAGUGUACGAUGUAACAGACCAGGAGAGCUUUAACAAUGUAAAGCAAUGGCUGAAUGAGAUUGAUCGAUAUGCUAGUGAAAAUGUAAACAAGCUUCUCGUAGGAAACAAGUGUGAUCUUGCUGAUAACAGAGCUGUGUCGUAUGAUACAGCAAAGGCCUUUGCGGAUGAAAUUGGCAUCCCAUUUAUGGAGACAAGUGCAAAGAAUGCCACCAAUGUUGAACAGGCUUUUAUGGCUAUGGCUGCUGACAUCAAAAACAGGAUGGCUAGCCAGCCUGCAUUGAACAACACGAGGCCACCUACUGUGCAGAUUCGAGGACAGCCUGUGGCCCAGAAGAGUGGAUGCUGCUCUUCUUAAUGCUGUGAAAUCGUAGCUCUAAUUUUCAUUUUUCUGUUGGCCAAAUCUUUCCACCACAUGAUGAAAAGCUGCUAUGUAUUUUAUUUUAUUUUUCUUAUAUGAAUUAGUUCGAUUCUUUGGAAAUUAUCCUAAAUGUCCCGCAAACUACAGACUACAGAGGACCUCUUAUAGUAAUUUUUUUGUUUGUUUUGGUUUUUAAUUCCUUCGUCCUGCCCACAGCCACAGGUAGCAAAAACUCCAGUGCUGUUGCACGGCAUUUGAAGCUUAUACGUGCUGCGUUGGAAAAAUUAUGUAUUACAUUAUUCUUAUGGUGGUUUUCUUUUUCUUUCUUUUCUUCUUUUGUUUUUUAGAAAAAGCUUGUCCGUUGAAUUUGAUUCCAUUUGGAUAUAAAUCAUAGCUAGA